AUGGCUACUGCUAAAUUACUUGAAUCAAUUCAUGAUAAUAACACUGCUUUCAGAUUACCUGAAUCAGUCUAUGAUGAUAAUAUUUCAAAAACUUAUGCUUCAAUUCUUUCCAAAACAAACUUGACUUCCACUGAUGCUAUUGAAUUUGAUCCAUACAAACAUUUAAGUUAUUACAAUACUCAAGCUUAUCCUAAUGCUAAAUCAGAUUAUGAUGCUACAAAGACCAUCUCAAUGGAACAAUUGGGAUUAUCUCAACCUGAUCAAAUUUCCGAAACUGGAGUUAGUGAUCCAUUCCCAUUAUUUACGGAAGAAGCUGUUGAAAUCAUGAGACAAGAGAUUUUAAAUAAAGAAAUCUUUAUGAAUUUUGCAAGAUAUAGUUAUAGUUCAACGUCAGGAAUGGAUUGUGUUUUAAGAGGGUAUGUUAAAAAUGAUGAUAAAAUCUCUACCCCUUUCAUUUAUAAAGCUUGGUCUCAUCCAAAGACUAUGGAAUUAAUCAAUAAGAAAGCUGGAGUUGACUUAGAAAUCAUUAUGGAUUAUGAAAUUGCUCAUGUUAAUAUCGCUAUUAAAAAUGAUGCUAUGGUUGAAAAAGAAUUGGCUAUUUAUAACGCUAAUAAUAAAGUAACCAAAAACACUGAAGAUAUGCCAGCUGUUGUAGGAUGGCAUCGUGAUUCUUAUCCUUUUGUAUGUGUAUUGAUGUUAUCUGAUACCACUAAUAUGAUUGGAGGUGAAACUGGUUUAAAAACCGGUACUGGUGAAAUUGCUGUUGUUCCAGGUCCAAAAUUAGGUUCCGCUGCUAUUUUACAAGGUCGUAUGAUUGAACAUAUUGCUAAAUCCCCAAUUGGAAUGACAGAACGUAUCACGAUGGUUACAUCUUAUCGUGCUAAGGAUCCGGUUAAAAAGGAUACCUCUGUAUUAUCCACCGUCAAGCCAGAAUUAAAUUUCGGUUCCAGAUUUCAUGAUUUUUAUAAUCAAUGGAUUGAUUAUCGUGUGGAAUUAAUUAAACAAAAAUUAGAUAUUUUAAAUAAUACCAGUCGUGAUGAUAAUGGGAAAUUCCAAAAGGAUGACGUUAUGAAUCAAUUGAAAGAAAUUGAAGCGUAUGUGACAAAGACUUAUAAGGAGAUGGAAGUUUCACCUGAAGAAUGGGCUAAAGCUCUUAAAAAACAUCAAAGAUUUGAUUCUUUCAAAUAA